UGUUUUGUGGCCUCCUUCCCGGAGUACACGCCAGUGAUCAUCGAACAUCUUGCCUUGUCUCGCCUCGGCCACUGGGACGAGAAUAUCCGAGAUUUAGCUGGCAAGGCUUUGUUCAAACUGACGCCCGGAUCUAAGGACCAAAUCUUGGGAUCAGUGAUACCAAGGCUUCUGGAGCGGACUUUGGGCCCCGAUUUGUAUAUGCGUCAGGGCAGUGUGAUUGGUCUUGCUGAAAUUAUGCAUGCGUUGUCCAGUGAAACAACUUUACCUUCCUCCUUGCUAUCGAGCGUCGAGGAGAUAAUUCCCAAGAGAGUCCACUGGAGUUCCCUUAAUCGGCUCACAGGCUUCUCCAACAAGGAUGACUUUUUUCGGCGUCUUAUUAUCACCGCCUAG